AUGAAGCUCCUGACAGCAGCUCUGCUCCUGCUCUUCAUCGCAAUGUGCUUAGCCAGUGCAGAAGGCGUAAAGUGCAAAUGCUCAAGAAAAGGUCCUAAAAUAAGAUUCUCUAACGUACGGAAGCUGGAAAUAAAACCGAGGUACCCGUUCUGCGUGGAAGAGAUGAUUAUUGUGACUCUGUGGACACGGGUGCGAGGGGAGCAGCAGCACUGCUUGAACCCCAAACGCCAAAACACAGUGAGGCUGCUGAAGUGGUACAGAGUAUGGAAAGAAAAAGGCAG